UCCACAUGAGGAUUAAGGCCAUGGCCAAGAAGAGUGGAAUCCUUAUUUGGGGGAUCUUGCUGUCCAUCUUCAGCUGCCUUGUCUUCUCUGAGGACAUUUUCAAGUGUUUACAGGACCCCGAUUAUGACACCCUCGUUGACAUAGCCCAGAAUGGGCUCAAGCCCUCCGAACAUCCCAAGCAUGUGGUGGUGGUAGGAGCUGGAAUGGCAGGCCUAGUGGCAGCCAAGCUGCUGCAGGAUGCUGGUCACGAGGUAACUAUCUUGGAGGCCAGUAACUACACUGGAGGUCGGGUGUUCACAUACAGAAACAAGGAGGAAGGCUGGUACUUUGAUCUAGGACCAAUGCGAAUCCCAAAAAGUCACAGGCUAAUCCACAUCUAUGUCAAGAAGCUUGGCCUGAAGUUCAAUAAGUUCAUCCAGUAUGACAACAACACCUGGUACCUACUCAAUGGACAGCGUCACCGUGCUGGGGAAGUCAAGGCUAACCCAGAUAUCUUGGGCUACCCCACCAGUCCCACAGAGAAGAACAAAACUGCCCCACAACUCUUCUACCAAGCCAUCAUUAAGAUCAAUGAAUCCAUGAAGCCACUCAACUGUCCUGAACUGCUAUCCCUUUAUGACUCUUACUCCACCAAGGCUUACCUAAUGAAGGAAGGAAACCUAAGCAAAGGAGCAGUCCAGUUCAUCGAGGACUUGAUGAAUGAGGAUGCCGGAUUAUAUGAUUCCCUCCUGGAGACCCUGAGGAGUUUUAGCAUCUUCUACUCCAAAAGCACAGAAUUUUCAGAGAUCACUGGUGGCUUUGACCAACUCCCCAGUGGCCUCAGUGCCAGCCUGAAGCCAGGCACCAUCCAUCUGGAGUCCAAAGUAGAAAGAGUGGUGAGAAAGGGAACAAAGGUUGAGGUUUCUUACCGCACAGCUGGGCCCACCUCUUCACUGCAAAACCUCACUGCCGACUACGCCAUCAUCUCUGCCUCAGCCAAGGCCACACGCCUCAUCACCUUCCAGCCACCCCUGUCCCCAAACAAAACGCAUGCCCUGCGCUUGUUGCAUUACAUCAGUGCCACCAAGGUGGCAUUAGUGUGCAAGGAACGUUUCUGGGAAAAGGAAGGGAUACGGGGUGGGAGCUCCAUCACAGACAGGCCCUCCCGCUUCAUCUACUAUCCCAGCCACAGCCUGCCAGGUGGCAAGGGCGUGCUGCUGGCCUCUUUCACUGUGGGCGAUGAUUCCCUCUUCUUUACCUCCAUGAAGGAUGAGCAGGUGGUGGAUAUCAUCAUGGAUGACCUGGCUGCAGUGCACCAGCGAUCCAAGGAGGAGCUAAAGCGUAUGUGCCCUGAGUCAGUGGGCAAGCAAUGGUCCCUGGACCCCCUCAUCAUUGGCUCCCAUGCUGAGUUCACACCCUACCAAUAUGUGGACUAUUCCAAGCAGCUCUUCCAGCCAGAGGGCCACAUCUACUUUGCUGGGGAGCACACCGACCUACCUCAUGGCUGGAUAGACACUGCCAUCAAGUCUGGCAUCUGGGCUGCCAAGAACAUUCAAGUUGCAGUGGACAAGGAGGCAACUCUGUAGACAGAUGCCCUCUUCCAACAGUUGGGAUGGUUGGGUUUUUCUCCCAAGAACAAUCUGUGGGGAGUCUGACAGGGUAGGCUAGAAGACAAAAGUAGGUAGAGACCCAGAAGAAGGUCACCUCUGGUCCCUUAGUCUGCAAGCAGGAGCUGCUCAGGGAAGCUGGCAGGAGACAUCACCCCCUUUCCUGCCUCUCUCGCUGCCUACAACUCUACAGGAAACAGCAAAACUGGGGAGGUGGGAGUCCAGGCUGGCGAGUCCUAGAGUCAGCCUUUAGCCUGAAGGAAAUUGUCUCCAGAUGUAAAACAAUAACAAGAAAAAGAGAGAGAGAGAAAGAGAGAAACCUCAAUGUCUGACUUGUGUUACAACUACACAUCUUUAAAAGAGCACACAAACCCCAAGGUACUGUCACAUUGAAUGGAAGACUGACAAAGGAGCUCACACCCAGAACACUCCCAAACUCCAUUGCUGUGUGCCUGGGCGCCUCUCCUCUUGGACCAGCCUAGGUGGACAAAGAGAGCAAAUGCCUGCUUUUCUUCCUCCUGAUAUGCACUGGGGCAUCUCAGUCACCCUGACAGAGUCGGCUCCCCUCACCAGCCAGAUCUCCUGCCUCCACCUGCCACUGUCUACACACAGCCCUGAGAGGACACCUUGCUCAUUUCACAACUCCUUAUCCACUGUCCCCUCACUAAAACCCAACUCUCUCUAAAGAACCAACCUAAGUAAGCUCUUUCUCCUCAAAUCCUCCAUUACACCCUCUCCAAAUUUAUGCUCCCGCUCCUCUGAGUCCCACUGUCCCCCUAUGGAAACAAAUGACAA